AACCCCUCUAGCUCCAACUCCAAAUUCCAUAGCUUGAACUUCCCUGCAUUGUCUUGCAUUCCUAGCUAGCCCCAACCUUUUCAGCCUCCAAAUCAUGGCUCCUCCUGAACAUAAGCCAACCUCUGAGGGGGACAAGAAUAAACUUCUCGGCCGCGAAGUUAGAGACAUGGUGGAUGUCAUAACAAACCGCAUUGCUGGUCUCCACAACCAGGAAAGCUCGGCUGAUGAGGAUGAUCAUGGCAUUAGAAUCAUUACUCUUGCUGGAACCAACACGGGAGCUACAAUGCGAAGUGAGUUGGAUGAUCAGAAAGGUAAAAAGUUGCCUGAUGGGGAGUCGUUUGGUGAGCCUGAGGCAUCAGGUACUUAUGUUAACAGCAAUUUCCAAGCUCUUAACAAUUCUAUCAUGUUUGGUAGCCACUACAACACUAAUGAUCCUGGAGUUCAUAUGGACAUUUCGGAUACUUUUGAACCUCAUGGACUCAAGCCUGGUAAGCAUGGAAAGAAGGGGAAGAAGAAAGACAAGGGAUUGAAGGAGGAAAAUCAUUCUGACCAUUCAGAUUGAUCAGGUCAGUAAGGAAGGAAAAUUGAAGCAGGAGGUGCAAAAGGAAUGAAGCUGUGCUUUAGUAAUGCUCUAUAUUCAAAAGGUUUAGGUUUGCAUGUUGAAAUAACUUGCUACAGGUUUGAUUUUCAGUAUUUCAGCAGGAUCAGAAUAAAGUUUCAAAAAUCAUGUAUGGUGUGAUUUACAUUUGAAUGAUGGUGUGCCUGUAAUAACUUAGCUAUUAAAUGUUGAGCAUAGAAUGGCUAAAUAUUUCUUUUACUGUCAAUGGAAGUCAUUGGAAUUGAUAUUAAGUUCAUAUUUAUAGUAA